AGCCGAAAAAUAGUACCACUCUUCAUUCUGUCAGCGGCAUCACUUAGAAAAUUUAACAAAUAAAGUAUCUAUAACUCGCUACGAUUUUUCUUUCUACUUCAGGAGUAGACCACGGCAAAUGAAAAAGUAUGUUGGGUAAAGUACAAGACACCACGAAUCAUGCAGACGCGGUGGCCUCGUCGAAUAAUCGCGAUCCUGCGGCGGUUACCAAGAAUGAUAUGAAAAUAACGCUUGCUGAGGUACAACAACCACAAGAUUAUGAUGCAACGCCUUCCUAUCUCGAAGUUGUGGACAUAGCAUUCAACUUUGCAGAUGAGAAGUACGAUGGCGUUUACUUUGGCAAGCAGCGCCACCCUCCAGACCAUGCAAAGGUUAUCGCGAGAAUGUUCGACGCCGUUCGAUAUUUCCCAGCACCGCCUGGACGAGAUAAACAAGAGAUGAAAACGAAAACUUCGGGUUUGACCACGUCUUCUUUUCCCCCUGGUACUGCGUCUACGUCUAGUGCGAGCAGUGCGACACCAAUAUAUGCUGCAGGCUCUAUCGCAGCCAAGGUAUUGGGUGGCAAAACUGGUAAAAAGGAUGGUCUAAAUGGAGGAAAAAUAGCGGAUCGGAACGGAAUAAAAGGUGGCAAUGAGGCAGUGGCGCCAUCUGCAUCUAGCACACCUCCUGCACUGGAUCAGCUUCCUUGUGUUUUACGGCGCGCUCUCGUUCAGGGUGGCGGUCUGGAGUGGAUAAAGAAAACUUUCUGGCUUGCAGAGCGUUUUGACCCCACAUGCAACUCUUUGUUCACGUGCGUAGGCGUUCACCCGACAAUGGUAAAAGAAUUCUUAUUCUUGCCGGAACGGUUCGACCCACAGACCGGAAAAAUUGCAAUACAACCUGAACUGUUGCAGUAUGUCAGGCAUAGAGGGACAUCAUCGAGUGGGGGUCGACCGAUAAGUGGAGCGGCGCAAGAAGAAGGUAAAGGAGACAAAGAUGGCAAAGUUGAGGUCAGUGGAUACGGCUUUUCAGAUAGCCGUAUACAUAAACGGUUUGAAGAUCCUGCCUAUGCGACAAAGCACCUUGACGCUUUGCGCGCCUUUUUUCUCGACCCAGCAACAAGAAGGCGUGUCCGUGCCGUCGGUGAGAUCGGAUUAGAUUUAUGCAAGUUAAUAUUUGUCAUUGUCAUUGUCAUGUUGUGUAAGUGAGAAGUAUUAGUACAUUUACUUGUCUCCGUGGUCCUAGUCACACACCACCGGCUUACUCUCUAACACUCUACGAGCGUACCAAAUUCUGCCCUCUGGAAAUCCAGCGAAGGUUUUUGGCCUUGCAGUUGCCACUCGCGUUCGAGUUCGAUCUUCCACUGUACAUCCACGUUCGCGGAGCCGGUUGUGCCAAGGAGUUUAUGGACACGUUGCGGCGGAAUCUCUUGCAAAAUAAGGCCUGCUAUAACUAUGCGGAUGAGGCCUUUCGCGAUGCUCCUGUAGGAGAGAGGUCGUGUCCGUGGCACCUAAACAUGACGGAGGAAGAGUUGGAUAUGACGCUUGUGGGCAGAGCUUGUACUUCGGCUGAAAGCAGCGUUUCUUCCGCUUUCUCCCCAUCUACGCGGCAGGUAAUCAAAAAAGAUGAAGAUGGAGAUGAAGAUGGACGUCUUCAGGGGGCUCCGCUUCAGCUACCUGCUGCUCCCAGUAGUACUUCGUCCUCCUCGACUACAACACGACCAUCAGGACGUGGUUCUUUGCCGCGGGUGUUCCGUUCAGGCGUUGUUCACAGUUUUACAGGCACAGUCGAGGAUUUGGAAAUGAUUCUUGCUCACAAUCUGUUCGUUUCGGUGAAUGGAUGUUCGUUGCGAACAGAGGAACAAUGCGAAAUGAUCCGACGCAUUCCGCUAUCGCGAUUGAUACUGGAAACUGAUGCGCCCUAUUGUGGAAUCGACUCCCGGUCGCCUGUCUGGCAUGCACUUGAGAAACGCAAUAUAGAAAAGCCUUUGCAUGGUAGGUUAGAAGAAUUUUUUGCGCACGGUGGAGCCCUCUCGUACACGGACGACGUGAUUGCAGGCAGAAUAUGGGGUCGCCAGUCUUUUCUAACGAACGCCGGAGCUCGGAACACCAAGCCUGCCGCUCCUCUUCCUCCUGUCCAGAAGAUCAUAAUUAUGGAGGAUGACGAUAUACUACAGCAGGCAGAUCUACGGACCUGGGUGCCGCCAUCGGAUCCUCAAGACGAAGUCGCUAUGCAAGGAGCAGGUCCUGCACCAGAAAUGAAGGGCAAGAAGAAAGGUCUACGCAAAGGAGGUGGAAAAGGCAAGAAGGGGAAGGGGAAAUCCGCAGAAGCAUCUAUCAAGAAACGGAAUGAAGCACCGAACGUUAUGCAAGUGGCAGAAGCUGUAGCAUAUUUGAAAGGAGUGCCCACUGCUGUGAUACUUCAGUAUGCGCGACGAAAUGUUCGCAGGUUGUUCAGCAUAUAGUUCUAGUGUGGAAGACAUCCACAGAGACUUUUUAUUGGCAUUUUCCUCCUUCGACCCGCUCCUCUUCUUCUUCUUGGUGUAUAUCAUCAAAUCAAAGACAACAUGGGAAUACUCCUUAAUCCACAUCUUUACUUCCUCGUAACGAAGAAUCAUAACUUCAUAGAGAUCAUGCCGAGUACACAUAACCUUUAUGGGGAUGCUUUAGUAGCUGAUGUUGAUCGCAUGAUUUUUUCCCAAGAAAUUGAUUGAAGCUAUUUUUCUUUUUAUUGACGACAACAAUAAC